AUUUUUGGCCAUUUGGUGGCCCUUGAAAUGCCAGAUCACCAAGCGUCGUGCGAGGAUGAUGAUCGUGUUCAUCUGGAUCUUCGCCAUCAGCGUCACCACGCCCUGGGUGUUCUUCUUCGACCUCGUUGUGGUCUUCGAUGACAACCCGAACGUCCGCCUCUGCCUGGACGUCUGGCCAAACCCCAUCAGCGAAGUCCUCUACUUCGUGAUUGGUAACCUCAUCUUCUGCUACAUUCUCCCCAUGGUACUCAUCACCAUGUGCUACAUCCUCAUCUGGAUCAAAGUCUGGAGAAGAUCCAUCCCCACCGACACACAAGACGCCCAAAUGGAAAGAAUGCAACAGAAAUCCAAAGUCAAAGUCGUCAAGAUGUUGGUCGCUGUCGUCAUACUAUUUGUCCUCUCCUGGUUCCCACUUUACUUGAUCUUCGCCAGAAUCAAACUCGGAGGACCAAUCCAAAAAUGGGAAGAAGAAAUGUUCCCAGUUGUGACACCUCUGGCCCAGUGGCUUGGUGCUUCCAACUCCUGCAUAAAUCCCAUUCUGUAUGCUUUCUUCAACAAAAAGUACAGAAAGGGCUUCGUUGCUAUUAUCAAGAGUAGGAAGUGCUGUGGAAGGCUGCGGUAUUACGAGACCAUUGCUCUGCAGUCAUCGAGCACGUCGACGAGAAAAUCUUGGCAUUACAAUAAUAAUAACCAUCCGUCGAUCACUCGGCGAUCCCCUCCCGUCGACAAGAAUGCGGUGUCGUUCAUCUUCAACCACACGGGGGUGUAAGGGGUGGGCGCUGGUGCUGCUUUGGAUUCUGAACUAGAGCCAUGGUCGGCUUGCGUCGCGCGCCGGGUCGCGAGCGGCCGGGGCGGCGCGUCUCUGCAUAUCGACACAAUACGACAUUUUCUAUUAUACGUUUUUAUUUCAAACAGUUUGGUGUUGUCUUGUGCGAGAACAGUUUAAUGACCUUCAAACUCACAUAGAGUAGUUAAGUGAACAUAAUCAGUGUUUUUUAUUAAUGCUAGUAGUAAUAACUUGUAACUUUUAUACGUAAGUCGGUUAACAUGUUUUAAGGAGAUUUUAUUUUUACACUGAUUGUAAUAAUGUUAGGAGCGUACGGAGGAAACGCACAUCGAGCACAAAAAUGUUAAUGAAAACGAUUUUAUAAUUUUGUUUUUGUAUCUUUUAUUGAAUAUUUUUGAGUAAGUAUAUAUUUCUGUUAAUAAUUUAAUCCAGUACAAAUAUCAAGCCUUGUUUUUAUGUACGAAACAGUUAUUACUUUUAGUGUUUCCUUAAUUGAAUGAUCCCAUAUCUCUUUUGACGUUAUAUUAUACAUCUAAACUAUUGAGGAUUUUUAGAAAAAAGUUAUUAAAAUAUAAAAAUACAUUAAUAUAUUAUAUGAUAUGCCCAAAUAAAACACACUACUGACAGUACAAAAAUUAUAUUUCGUAGAAUAAGCUUUCGAAAUUAUAAACUGAUGACUUUCUUUUGUUUGCUAUUAUUUCCUCAAAAGUGUUACUAAUUUC